UUCCAUAGUAUGUUGUUGUAUUAUUUGUAAAUAUUUAAGUAAUGUGUUUUAGAGACAAAGAAGUGUUAUUUGUAAUAGGAUCCUGAGGAAUUCCAAUAUAAAAAAUGGCGACCAUGAUGAAGGAGAAGCCUCGUGCGAAGAAGAAAAGCAAAGAGAAACGCGUUACCAGUACUGAGAUACCGGAAGCAGUGCCUUCUACAAGCAAUUUGCCAUUAGUCGAAGAGAAUAACUCUUCUGCUCAAACUGUUACUGAACAAGAUAACGUCGAAAAUACAGAUAGACCUAGUAUAUCUACUCAUGAACAGACUGUGUUAAGUGUAAAUGAAUCCGCUCAAAAAGAAACUUUAAUAGAAACAGAUCAGAGCUCAAUUCCAAUUGCAGAACCCUUGAAAAUACAGAGUCAAUUAUCCUCACAAAGUCAGUCUUUAGAUCCAUCACAAAGUGCCUAUAAAGAUGUGUGCCAUAGUCUAGAUAUAAUCACUCUAAAAGGUGUUCCAGUGUCUGAUUUUCCUAUAGAAGAACUGGAAACAAAAUUAAAAGAGUCAGCAUUAGCUUAUAUAAGUCAAGGCACUGACAUUCAAUCAGUUGAAGAAACCACUGAAAAUAUAUCUACUGGUGUGAUAGAAAAUGUAGCACCAUCAGCUCCUAUAUUUGAAGAAUCAAUGAUUUCAGAAACACCCCAUGAACAUCAAACGGUAAAUGAAGUAAGACUGGAAAAAUUACAAUGUAUUCCCUUAGAAGUGGCGAUGCACAUAUUUGGUGGAAAACAGAUGGCAGAAGUGAGGGAGAUGAGUGAGAGAGAGGAAGCUUUGGCAGAAGGUGGAAAGGCAUUGAGGCCUGAACAUCCUUUGGUGGACUUGUUGUCAACAUAUAGAUGUUCAGCCAUAGCAUUAGAACAAGAAAUGGAAAAGGUCGUCAAAGGGUAUCAGGAUGAGGAAAAAAGCAGAGCUGCUCUAUGGAAAGUGGAGAAGAAGACAGUGUGUAUGACACAGAAGUGUGGGCAGUGUGAGCGGAGUAUCUCUUACACAGGUACAUACGAGCAUGCUACACUGCUAAAGGAAAAGCUCCCGGCCGCUCAGCUUCGCUUGGAGGGCCUGCUGAAAGACGUGAACGAGUCAUAUUGCACGUACCAACAUCAAGCAUUGUUAGCUUACUAUCAGAUAGAAGAAUUCAUCUCAGAAACCGUCCGAGGCAACAUUGGAGACAUCAGAGAAGCUCUAACCUUAGUACUUCAAGAGUUACGCGCGAGCAGCUCUAUUACCUGUCUGAAGAUGGAGUACUUCACGGACUCCUUAAAACGCUGGGCGCGGGCGCUGUGCGGCGCAUUGCUAGCUAAAAGUGAUGUUAGGCAACUACUGUUCCUACUGCACCAGUUGUUCAGACAAACCCAUUCAGUGCGAUGGGCGGCCCCUCUGAUUAGACUCCCCAUGUGUGAUACCAGCGAUGCGGCGCGGGCCCUGGCCAUAUUGGAUCUGAUGCUGUCUGCACCAGUCUUGGAAACGGCUAAGGAGUGUACUGAAGCAGAGAACGAGGAUAUGUGGGAGGAAGUUGAUCGGCACGGAGGCGCCGGGGCCGUGAGCGAGGGCGCGCUGCGGGAGCAGGACCUGCUGGCGUUGGUGAAGGCGUUCCCGCUGCGGGCGCUCGCGGCGCGCCUCGCGAUGUUGCAGCGGACUGACAUAACCCAAACCCGUCCAUACGAAUGGGACCACGUUGCGCGGGACGUGCUCCGAGCGUGCUGCGGCGUGCGCACGCUGCUCGCCGUGCUCGCGCGCGCCGUGCGCACGCACGCUGCGUACCCGCGCCUGCGCGCUGAGCUGCGCGCACUGGGACACCACGCUAUGUGGGCUGUAGCUGACCUGCAUAAACAUAACAGAGACUCGUACCCCAAAGAACUAUCGAUCCAAAUCGAAGCCGAGUUGGAAGCCAUAUUCAUCGCCGGCUGGCUCCUCGAGACCGCGGAGCCCGAGGGCUGCGAGGCUCCGCCCGCCGCGUUACUGCGCCCUGCUGUCCGCCAGGCCUAUUGUGUGGCCCUGAUGACACACUUACAUGAAAAGCAACCACUAGUGAUAGACUGUAUAUCGCUAUCGCUGUCUCUUUCCUGCGGGCAAUGCGUGCGCGUCGCCUCGCUAGUCGCGAGUUCUGAGGAUAGUGCCGACAUCCCAGCCAUGGUUGUCGAUUUCCUUGUCCAGGUGGCACUGAAACCAAAGAGGCAGUGCAACGGUUCGUGCACCGACGCGGCGCGAGAGUGUCUUCCUAAACUUAUAUCCAAGCACGAUUAUUUAUGCACCCGAGCAGUGCAUAGCAUAGCUUAUGUUCAUCAGUUGGAACCAUUGCAACCAACGGCGGCCAUUUUGAAGCCGUUCUGCCUACAAAAAUGGCGGCCGUCGACGGACGAGAUACGCGCCGUGCUCGACGACUGGUCGCAACGCAGUCCGCAACUGUUGCCGUGUCUACUACAAGAACUUAGUUAUACACCUUACGAAUGGCGGCCAUGGUGCGAGAUACGCGCCGUGCUCGACGACUGGUCGCAACGCAGUCCGCAACUGUUGCCGGGUCUACUACAAGAACUUAGUUAUACACCUUACGAUGGGCUGUCAUUGGAGUCACAAGCGACGAUCGGCUCGUGGCUGUGCGGCGUGGCGGCGCCCGCGCCGGACUGGGCCUGGAGCGUGCUCGUGCGACUGCGCGUACAUAGGUAUAUAAUCAUUGCAGUCACAAGCGACGAUCGGCUCGUGGCUUCACAAGCGACGAUCGGCUCGUGGCUGUGCGGCGUGGCGGCGCCCGCGCCGGACUGGGCCUGGAGCGUGCUCGUGCGACUGCGCUCACAAGCGACGAUCGGCUCGUGGCUGUGCGGCGUGGCGGCGCCCGCGCCGGACUGGGCCUGGAGCGUGCUCGUGCGACUGCGCGUACAUAGAUCAUUGCAGUCACAAGCGACGAUCGGCUCGUGGCUGUGCGGCGUGGCGGCGCCCGCGCCGGACUGGGCCUGGAGCGUGCUCGUGCGACUGCGCGUACAUAGGUCUAGCUGGCGCCUGCCGCUAGAUGCCCCUCCACCUGAGCAUACGCUAAAUGUAUUUGCGGAGGCCUACGCGGUGCUGUCCAGUUCUUGGGGACAUUCAUUACCACUGAUCUGCGAGUACGGCGCUCCCGCGUUGGCCCGCGUGGCGGCUGCGCGCGCGCCGGUCGCCGCCCACGCGCUGCCCCUCGUCAUGGCCGCCAUGAUGCACUCACCAGCGUCCGUCUCGCUCACACCACAGUUCUCAUCGUUGACAAGUACUUUACUGGCGCCCCCGCAGUCACUAGUACAAUGGGCACGAGGUGAGAAAGCGGCUACGCCCUAUAUCUUGCUGAGGAGAAUGCUGGCUCAUGUGGAAAAUCAGCCAUCUCCAGCAGACCGUGAUGCGGCGGUAUCAACAUGGCUUCAAGCGCUAUGCCACACGGGGCUGACGGGCGCUCCGCUGGCGGCCGCUGAUGCUCUGCUACUGACCACCCCCACCUACAAUAUACAGGAGGCGCUCAAACCCGAAGUGAUUUCCCAUUUGGUCUACAAUGCUGUUCACGCGCCGCUGACGUGCGCAAGCGCGUUACUUGCUGCGCACGCGCAGAAUGAACUGCCCAUUCUGUUCCCUCGACUUCUGCAGCUCCUCGCAGAACAACGUGCGCACGGACAGAAGAUACACGUUGACAAUGCACUGAAGCAAAUCGGCUGCGGUAUCAGCUCGGAGGAGUUAGUGAUACACCAAACUGCCGCGGCUCUGCUCGCGCCGGCGGGGCACCCGACUCUACCGCUGUGGCGGCUGCUGAUGCAUUUAUAUCUGCACUCGUCCAAUAUCUCCUCAGACCCAGCGCCAAUCGGACCUCUAUUCUUCUCCGGCCUCGUCAAAUCUCGGACUCUAGCUCAACUGAAAAAACGUCUGCACGAAACUAUUCUCCACCACCACAAUCAAUCCGAAACCUACAAAAGCUUACUAAAACCUAAACCUAAAGAACCUAAAUCCAAGUCUAGCUCGCCUGAGACGUUGUUACCGACGACAUCUAUUGGCGAUUUGACGGGGGAGAGUGAGAGUGAGACGGAUAGCGAGAUAGAUGAUGUGUCUGAGAGUGAGGAGAGGAGGAGGGUCAAUGUGAAUAUGUUGGCGUAUCAUGAGGGCGCGGAAAAGAUGCUACGAGAAUACAGUUGUUGGUUGGAGGCGGGGGAUAGAUUACGAGCCACCCCGCACCACGCUGAUAUCUCACGCUUCAUACCGGCCGCUGCCUUGAACACAGCAUGGGCGGAGCAUCUAAACUCAAUCCGUCCCGCUCGCUCCAAUGAGGAUGACGAUUUGAGAGCGCCGAAACGACCGCCUUCGCCCGAUCCUCCUCUAACACCACUUCAGAGCGCCGUGCAGCGGAUUUUGAGGAUCAAAGAUCGCUCCGAGAAAAGAUGGGCGGAGUAUCUAAACUCAAUCCGUCCCGCUCGCUCCAAUGAGGAUGACGAUUUGCGAGCGCCGAGACGACCGCCUUCACCCGAUGCUCCUCUAACACCACUUCAGAGCGCUGUGCAGCGGAUUUUAAGGUUUAAAGACCGAUCUGAAAAGAGGGCGAAGGUACUUCAAAUCACGUCGCCUGUGGGUGACGUCGACUUCGACCACCCGCGGCAGCUGUAUAUGCUAGUCGACAAGCAUCUGGCCGACGUGGAGACCUUUGCCAGACAAUGGUCUUCAGACGUGAACAGAGUCGCAACAUUGGACACAAAGUUAUGGCCGCUAGUUUGUACCCUACGUUACCGAAAAAAACUACCUUCUUUGCGCAAGACGUGCCCUAACAAUUGCGGGGUCGUCGUGAUAGACCUAAAGGAAUAUUGUGAGUGGCCCAUUUCUGAAAACGCCACUCGCGGACUGGCGGAAAACAGGUCGAGUGCAAAAACAGCGCUGCGUGAGUUGCUACGUGCACGACCCAAUGACGCCAAGACUGUUGCCGCGUUAAACACCAUUGCCAGACGCAUCAGCACCCUCGAGACAGCCGUGAACGUGGCGCAGCGCGUGUGGGCGUGCGCGGGCGCCGUCGCCGACUGCUGCGCGGCGCGCGAGGCUCUCACGGCCGUAUUAGAACUGCUGGCCGAUAGAUGGAUCUGUUCGGACCCGGGCGCACUAACGGCGUUAGUCCCACAAUGGUGCGCGCACGCCGCGUCGCCCGCGCAGCAGGCGCUGUGUCGCGCGGUGCUGAGCCGGGCGGGCGCGGGGGCGGGGGCGGGCGCGGGGGCGGGCGGGCACACGCUGUACGCGGCGCUGCUGCGGGCGCUGUGCGGCGCGCGCCCGUGCGAGCCGCAACGGGCGUUCAGCUACCUGUCCAAGUUCGACUUGACACGAUCAGUAGACGAGUCAGCGCGCAGCGAGAUGUUGGAAGCGGUGAUGGAUGCUGCGCAGCGCUGGGGCCGCGAUCCCGACCCUGACUUACACGUACUUCUAGAGUUAAUCGGCGUCCACAUUAUAAACCUCACAACGGCAGUACAGCUCCCUACAGUGGCCCUAAACGCGGCACGCGCGGCCGCAGCGGGUCGUUUGCCACCUAUGAGCUUAGGGCACGUUGCGCGAGCCACCUCCGGGGCUAAACACGUGCCUUUUGACAAGCUGGGUCAUCUACUUCGUGAGCUGGGCGCGCUAUGGUGGCGCGCGCGCGCCGAUCUCCAAACCUCAAGUGCAACGUACCACGCGUCGCACGCCGAGCACGUUGCGGCGUUGCAUCACGCGUUGCAGCGCGCGUUCGUCGCACAAGGCGUUGCGCUCAGCUACGCACCCGAGAGAGUGGCCGUCUACGCAUGGUCAGCAUUGCAAGAAUCGUGGUCGUCGUGGGUGUCCCCGCACCCCUCCCUGCCCCCGCUGCUGCCCGGCGAGCCUUACGCCAACAUGCUCAAAAAGUUCGUCGACAACAUACACCAGUGCAUGUUGGACUGCCCAGGUAGUGAAGAGCACCUCCUAAGUCAAGUGUGGGAGUGGACGAUCCAAGUCUACCUGAAUGUGACCAGUGCACCAGCGCCGGCCAGGGAUAGCCGAGUCCAGUUGUCGGAAUUACUGGCCCAGCUGGGCAAGUUGCCCUGGAGUGAGCACCAGUGGCCCGGCGCUAACUGUCUUCCUGCCGCGCUACAGAUAAGCACAAGCACCGACUUGGAGAUCCAAACUUGGCUCGCAGACACUCUUCGAGGCGUCGAAGCCAGCACAUGGUUACGCGGCGCUCAAGACUGCGACAUCGCUCCUCGUCUGGCCGCGUUGCUGCAACUGUUCGCCGGACCGUUGCGGCUGCGGACUGAGACGUUAGAACAAGCUGUGCACCUGCCGUGGCAGCGGCUGCCAGAAAUGGCGUUGGACCAGGCGCUGCAGCGGUUCUUCGUCGAUCACCACAACCCUCAGCAUCCGUACCACGACACGCCACAGUUUAGGGUAAUAUUAGCAGCUAGCGGUCUGGAGCCAGCAUACGCGUGCGCGUGCGCGUGCGCGUGCGCGUGCGCGUGCGCGUACUUGCGGCCGCGGCGGGCGUGCGCCGUGUCGCAGUGGACGCGCGCCGCCGGCGCACCCGCGCUCGCCGGACAUGUCGCGUCACAGGCGAGGGAGCUGCUGCACCUGCUCGCUGCACUAGAACCAUACGUGGAGGAAGGCAGUGACGAAUUGGAAGAACUUUUGUCCCGGGCUGUUGUCAUCAUGUGCAUGGAACCGGCCGCUGCCGAAGCUCUGCCGGUGUGGGUGAGAUGGAUCGCCAGCGCCACGCCGCGGAUGGUCAGAGCAAUGUUGUCGGCGGCACGAGCUCUCACCACCUUGGACUACUUCGGGUCGAUCGCUGACGCCGCCGCUGCUGCGUUCAUGACCGCGGGUGGCACAUGGCAUGAAGUAUCUGCCCGCUGGGGCGGCUGCGCGUGGGCAGAGCCCGGCGCGCUGCUGCAGCGCGGGCGCCUGCAUGCUGGCUAUGCGCUCGCGCAGACUUCGCCUUUUAGCCCCACUGAUCUGGCUUCUGUCGCUACUUUCGCCAACAAGGAGCUGAUAAUAUCAGUAUGGAUCUGCGCGCUAUGCCGCGCGGCGCUGAGUUGUGGCGCUGACUGUGACUGUGACGCGGCACGAACUCAGCUCUCGCGGUGGGCCGAGCCGCCGCGCAUGGCUCUCCUGCGCGUCCUCUCUAACGCCGACGAACCUACCAACAAACACCGCCUCCUCUGCCGCCUAGCGCUCUGCCUCAUCACGCCCAACUCGGACCCCACGAACCUCCUCCGCGCCCAGGAAGCCUGCCCCGCCGUCUCUCAAGCAGACCUGAUGUCCUGGGUGAAGACACCGACUGUUAAAUAUAUGGCGAAAUGUGCUACAGCGCUGUUUCCAGGGUCGGAUAAUUAUUUUGCGGAAGAACUGAGACUGGCUGGUGGUUAACAUAUCAAGGAAAUCUCUAGGGUAUUGUAAAUAUUUACUCGUGUAACUGCUUGAUCGUUAAGAAGCCUUUAAACGACUUUUAACCGUGUUGUUAGGGUUCCGUACCCAAAGGGUAAAAACGGGACCCUAUUACUAAGACUCCGCUGUCCGUCUGUCUGUCUGUCACCAGGCUGCAUCUGGCCCAUCCAGGCAGGCUGUAUCUCAUGAACCGUGAUAGCUAGACAGUUGAAAUUUUCACAGAUGAUGUAGUUCUGUUGUUGCCGCUAUAACAACAAAUACUAAAAAGUACGGAACCCUCGGUGCGCGAGUCCGAUUCGCACUUUGCCGGUUUUUUAUUUUAAUUAUCUUAGUUUAUUCUCUAGCGUCCCACGAUCUUAAUACCAGUACCAAAGAGGAUAUAAUAAGAUAGAGCGGUAAUGUCAUAGUAAAUUUUGUAACCACUAUAAAUUCACUGCCAUCUAUCGACAUACUUAGAAACAAAAAAU